AACUUCCGUUCUCAACUCCUCCUUUGUCUGAGCCCGAUCGGUCCUCCGCCUAGUUAUUUAUUUAUUUCAUUUUCGUUUGUGGGGUAUAUUUUUAUAUAUCCUUAUCUCUCGGUUAUUGAAUGACAUUCGAUUCCGACACAUAUAUGCCUAAAAGCAAAGCCCCCAAAAUGGAUGACCUGGACUACAUCCCAGCGGACCUGAGCCCAGAGGAGCGCUCCGAGCUGGAGGAGAUCCGGCGCAGGAAAGGAGCGCUGAUUCUCGAGAUCCAGAGACUGAAAGAGGAGCUGAGAGAAGCCAUUAUAGAGGUGGAGGGGCUGGAGACCAGCACCGAGGGCAGUAAAACAUUACAGAAGAGUCGACAUGUGGCCAUGGGCAGAAAAAAAUUCAACAUGGACCCGAAAAAGGGCAUUGUAUUCCUAGUGGAGAAUGAGCUUCUCAGACACACUUCAGAGGACAUUGCUCAGUUUCUGUACAAAGGAGAAGGACUCAAUAAAACUGCAAUAGGAGACUAUUUGGGUGAAAGAGAUGACUUCAAUAUUAAAGUAUUGCAGGCUUUUGUUGAUCUUCACGAAUUCACAGAUCUGAACUUGGUACAAGCACUUCGGCAGUUUCUGUGGAGUUUCCGCUUGCCAGGCGAGGCUCAGAAAAUCGACAGGAUGAUGGAGGCCUUUGCACAGAGAUACUGUCACUGCAAUCCUGGAGUCUUCCAGAGCACAGACACCUGUUACGUGCUGUCGUUUUCCAUCAUCAUGUUGAACACUAGUCUGCACAACCCCAACGUGCGGGACAAGCCCACAGUGGAGCGAUUCAUCAGCAUGAACAGAGGCAUCAAUGACGGGGGAGAUUUACCAGAGGAUCUGCUCAGAAAUCUGUAUGACAGCAUUAAGAACGAGCCUUUUAAGAUCCCAGAGGAUGAUGGGAAUGACCUGACCCACACUUUCUUCAACCCUGACAGAGAAGGCUGGCUCCUCAAGCUAGGAGGUCGUGUGAAAACAUGGAAGAGACGAUGGUUCAUUCUGACAGAUAACUGCCUCUAUUACUUUGAGUACACAACAGACAAGGAGCCCAGAGGCAUCAUACCAUUGGAGAACCUGAGCAUUCGAGAGGUCGAAGAUCCCAGAAAGCCAAACUGUUUUGAGCUGUACAUCCCUAAUAACCGCGGGCAGCUGAUUAAAGCGUGUAAGACCGAGGCUGAUGGACGUGUGGUGGAGGGAAACCACAUGGUGUACCGGAUCUCAGCUCCCACCCCAGAGGAAAAGGACGAAUGGAUACACAGCAUCAAAUCUGCUGUGAGCAUCGACCCCUUCUACGAGAUGCUUGCUGCCAGGAAGAAACGCAUUUCCCUAAAGAAGAAGGAGGAGCAACCCUAGAAGUCCUCCAUUUCUCCUCCAUCCUUCCAAACACUCCAUCCAUUCUCUGAGAAACCAAUGAUACUUCAUUAAGGUAGCUCUUGUCCUCUCAUCAGAAGAAUCCAUAAUGCUGGUUUUAUGGAGAGGUGGAUGUCGUUGGGUACACCUGAACGUCAUCAUCUUUGGUUUGGAUUUAGGUGGUCUGGACUGCACAAUUACCCAUCUCUUAUGUUAUAACUUCUACUACACUUGUACACUACACAGUGUUAUUCACUAUCACUCUAGUUCGUAGUCCCGCACUAUAUUACGCUGACAUUCCAUAACAUUC